UCCAGUCAGUGCGAACGCAUGGAGGGGGGUGAAGCCUCGAUCAUGCAGGUAGUCCCCGAGUUACGACGAUAGUCCCCGAGUUACGACGGUAGUCCCCGAGUUACGACGAUAGUCCCCGAGUUACGCCGAUAGUCCCCGAGUUAUAACGGCCCGACUUACGCUAUUUCGAUCUUACGAUGGCGAUUCGAGAAAAUUUGCCAUCAACAACCAAACAUCGUUCAAGUAUGCAGACGACGGAUAGAAUCUUGGGAUGAGCGCCGUGUCCCGUGUCGGCCGCGCUCUGGCCGCGACCCCGGCGCGCGCGUUCGCGACCUCCUCCUCCUCCUCGUCGUCGUCGUCCACCACUGGGACGCGAACCGCGACCCGAACCGGACCUGGAACCGGUGGUGCCGAGCGGCGAGGGCAAGUCGCCAGGAUCGCGACCAGAACCGGACCAGUGCCCAGUGCCAGAGGCCGAUCUGGGUCGGAAGAGGCUCUCGCGGGGAUUCCAACUUCGCAUCGGCGUUCAAAUCCGACCGCGACGCUGAUCCGGACCGGCAGCCCAACCUGGACCGCAACCGAGAGCUGGACGUGGCCUCCAGCGCGCGCUCCAUGGAGUACGAGGAGGCCAUCAAGGUGCUGAACCGGCUGCAGACCAAUGCCCAGACACUGGAGCAGACGCGACGCGAGCAUGGCCGCCAGGCCUCCAACCAGCUGCCCUUGGUGGAGCGCUGCCUGCAGCGCUGCCAGAUCAACGUGGGCGACCUCGAUCGGCUCAACGUCAUCCACGUGAGCGGCACCAAGGGCAAGGGGUCCACGUGUGCGUUCACGGAACGGAUUCUGUACAAGUUAGGAUUCAAGACCGGCCUGUACACCUCUCCACAUUUGGUGCAGGUGCGGGAGCGGAUCCGCAUCAACGGCCAGCCAAUCAGCGAGCAACUCUACACCAAGUACUUCUGGGAAAUCUACAACCGCCUGGACGAGACCAAGGAUUCUGGGAACCCCAUGCCCGCAUACUUCCGCUUCCUGACCAUUAUGGCCUUCCACGUCUUCUUGCAAGAAAAGGUGGACCUCGCCGUGGUGGAGGUGGGGAUCGGUGGGGCCUACGACUGCACCAACAUCGUCAGGAAGCCCACGGUUUGUGGAGUCGCCUCCUUGGGCAUGGACCACAUGAGCAUCCUGGGCAACACCAUCGAAAAGAUCGCCUGGCAGAAGGCUGGCAUCUUCAAGCGCGACGUCCCGGCCUUCACCGUGGAGCAGCCUCCGUCUGCGAUGGCCAUCCUGCAGGAGCGCGCACGCGAGCUCGACUGCCCGCUGCAGGUGUGCCCCCCGCUGAGCGCCUAUGCGGACGACGCCGGCCAUCCCGAUCUGGGCCUCGCCGGCGAGCACCAGCGACUGAACGCGACGCUGGCGCUGCAGCUGAGCCGAGCGUGGCUGCGUCGGUUUCCUGGGCCCGGACUCGGAGCGCCGCCGGCUCCGCCCACCACCCUUGACGACGGGAGCGAACGGGCACGCGAGGAGACGAAGACAAACGGCGACACGCACCAUGACGCGCACGACUCUGCCUCCUCGCUGCCAACCGCCGACCCCUUCCCCCCGAGCCCAGCGAUGCUGCAGGGUUUGAAGGAGACGGAGUGGCCGGGGCGCAGCCAGAUCAUGCGGAGGGGGCCCGUCACUUUCUACCUGGACGGAGCGCACACCGUGCAGAGCGUCGAGGCUUGUGUCAAAUGGUUUCAAAAGAGUGUGCUGGAAGAAGAGGGGACGACAAGGGACCGCGUGGUGCGAGUGUUGCUCUUCAACAUGACCGGCGACAGGGACUCGGCCACCAUCCUCGGUCUGCUGCAGGCCUGCCAGUUUGAUUGCGCGGUGUUCUGCCCAAACAUCACCAACAUCUCACCGGACAGCUCAGAUCAGGUGAACUACACGGUCACUCCGGAGAGGGUCAUGGCUCAGUGCGCGGAGAACCAGACGGCAUGGGACCAACUCUGCCGCAACAGCACGACUCCCUCUCGAGCUGCCGCCCUCUGGGACCCGGACCGCGGCGACGCCGCCGCCCCCGUCCCACGCCCGCUCUCGCUCGCGACCUCCCGCAACUCCGCCAUGCCCUCGUCCGCCGUCUUCCCGUGCAUCUCGGAAGCCCUGCGCUGGAUCGGCUCGGAGUGGGAGCCGGAGCUUCUGCGCGUUCAAGUUCUCAUCACGGGCAGCCUGCACUUGGUCGGAGGCGCAUUAAAAUGUUUAGAGUCCGACCUCUCCUGAGAUCGUAAGCUCGCCGGAUCGUAAGGAUCGCGGAGUCGUGAUCUUGGUGGUGGUGGUGUACGACCGCUUGUGACCCUUCGCCCUGGUCAGCGGUUGUUGUGUCCUGGCGAGGGGCGAUGUCCGGUCGUUGCCCGAACGAUUUGCUGCCCCACCCCCGCAACCGCUUUGCUGAACUCUUAAGGGUCUUCGCCGUUGCCGCGCUUGGGCUUAGAUUCGCGCUUCAAGGCCGCGGGUUUUUUAACGGAGAGUUCUGUGCGGCUCGAACACUGCUUUGUGGUCGUGACACGGUGGGGCGAUACGAGGAGGUUAGUGGCUGUGCCAGGCUUGUUGUGUGAGCGAUGUUGCAGUUGUAGCCAAGGGGGAGCCCUUAAGUAAGUGACAUUGAGGGGGGCACGGCAUAUGGCUUUGUCCCACUCUCUAAAUAUUGGGAAGGGCAGCUGCGCCCUAUUUUCCAACGUUACAGCUGCCAGCUGUUUUGAGCAAGAAACGCACCAACUGUGACUGUAUAUCCAACAGUGAACCGCUACAGCUAUGCCAACCUAAGUCGUGUAUUUUUUGUGGUUUAAUGUAACUGAAGUAUGCAGAAAGAUUGCAGUUCACUCAACGUAAGCUACAAGAUGUCCCAUUGUUUGAAGCUAUUCACCAGAUUCACACGAUGUGUAAGCUAUCCCCGACAUCUCUGUGUUGUUCUCUGGUGUACUGAACCAGCUUCAUUGCUUUGGCUUAUGUGCCAAUUUUAUCCCAAUUGUGCCAUUGUAUGUCACGAGACAUAAUCUAUUCGGAACUCUCACAGAGCAGUGUAAAAAUGGCCCACGGAAGUGGAUAUUACAAAGUUACCAAUUGGAUCCCUUCGAGUGGACCUCUGGUCCACCACGCACGGGAGGGCAGCACUUUUCCACCACCCGUCCUGUUCGUCGCGCGAGUCAAACCGACAUUUUUUACGAUUUUCAGAGCAAGAAUUUAGCCAAAAUGAGUGCAGCUCCGUGUCAAAUUGUAUGGGUUAUUUGAUACCAUGAGUUGAUGAUGUUGGUUCGCUGGUAUGAUGUGCUUAGAGACCGUGGUGUUUCGUCAUUAGAUCGAUCGACCUACCAGAACAGGUGGAAUGGGGGGGACGGGGAAUACAAACACAAGUGACCUUUUUUCUGGAUGGAAUUGUUGCAAUAAAUCACCCUUGUUAUUUA